AUGCUAGUCUUUGAAAUAGCUCUUCAAAUCAGAUUUUGGGGUCCAAUUGUUGUAUUUUCAAUUGGAGCUCCAGCUGCAUGUCUCAAUGCUCUGUUAUUCGUUGCCAUCAAAUCAUUUCGUCGAUCUCCAUCGGCUUAUUAUAUUGUGGGACAAUCAUUUGCUGACGUGACCAUUUUACUGAUUGUACUUCUCCAAAUAGUUCCAGCAGCGUCAGUAUCGGCUUCAUCUAUUGCUUGUAAGUUAAUCAUCUUUUCUCUUCAAAUGACGAUAUCUGUUGCAAUGAGCUUUCUCUGUUUGUCCGCGUUCGAUCGGUGGGCAUGCACGUCUCAAACUGCUGGAAUACGUCAAUUGAGUUCGACACACGUAGCUCGUUUUCUAUUUCCUAUUCCAUUUAUUAUUUGUUCAUUGGUGAAUAUUCCUUUUCUCGUGUACUGUGAUCUUAUUCCUCCAAUAAACUUUUGUUGGUUCACGAACGAUCUCUUCAUGAGAAUAGGAACUCUGGUAUUAUUUCCCAUUUUUACUGUGUUUCUUCCUUUAAUUGUUCUCAUAAUGUUUGGAUUAUUGACAUGCCGCAAUAUUCGUUUUGUGACUCGUAUCCGCCGUCAAGCUAAUCAAACUCGUCUAUCAACAUGGGAACACCAAAUGACAAGAAUGAUGCUAAUCCAAACUCUUCUAUGCAUAUUUUGCUCAUUUCCUCGAGCUAUUUUCGUCAUCUAUGCAGUUGCUACAAUCGACCAGAGUGCAGAUCGAAGCUCCGAUCAAUUAUCUAUCUUAGAUUUCGUCGAUUACCUAUCUCAAUCUGUCCUAUGCAUUAAUUUUGCUUCAUCUUUUUACAUAUUUCUUCUUUCAUCACCACGUUUUCGACAAACGGUUCAAGUGUAUUUAAAACAUCAAUUCCGCCUGGGACCUAAUCACUUAGAAACAAUGAACAUGGGUACCAGAGGACAAACACUUGCUGGACGUCAAAUGGCGAGAGAAAUUACUCAGCGAACAGUUCAAAGUUAA